AUGGAUAACUCACACCCUCGGAAUCGCCGACCCGUAACUUAUGGCUCUACCAGAAAUCAGCCGCGUUCCAAUGGCGAGAAGCCUGCACGCCCAUCUGUCAUCAAAGGAGCCUCUAAAGAAGUGACUUUACCAAGCUCGUCGCGUCUAUCGCGACCAUUUCACGCCAAGUUACAGCGCGACAAAAGUGCAGACAAACAACAGUCUGUAUCGGUAGAAGUGACCACAUCCUCGGGGUUUGCGCCACCGCAAUCUACUGCAGAACCCGAUGUGUAUGACAUUCCCUCCUCAGAUGACGAACAAGCGUCUAUGAUCCAGAGAAAACGAAGGCGAUAUAGCCCCGAUGAAAACAAGACCGUCCUGGCGAAUAGGCGAUCAAGGAAGCCCCGCGGAGUCGAAAAUGGAGGUGGUAACUUGUCACCACAAAUAGUGAACAGGGUUCCAGAUUUCCCGAUGCCAUUAAUUAAAAAGCGAGAAGCCGACCAGAAGACAAGCUUGGUGAGAUCAACAUCGUAUCCUAGGGCUGAUAGGUCUGGGAGAAGCCAGAACAAGAAAUCUACUCUCGAGCGCGAGACAACAGUUACAUCCGAUGAGAGCUUUGGGCGCGCCGAGUUCACGCGCAAAGCCUCGCCAGAAGGUUACCAGACCUAUAUCCCGAAAGCGAACAUUACCCCUGGCCGAAGAAGACUCAUAGACUCCCUUGGAAUUACCGAACUCCCAGUUGAAGCAUCACUAGAGAGUCCCACCAGUAGCCAGCCCUCGCCGGAUCCAAUCCCGCCCGACCGAGCUUCGCCAGACACGACCGUGAAUGAGUGUCAUGUCGAAAGCCACCCUCAAGGCUCUCCGACCUCGGUUCCACCGAACUUACAAGGUUCCCGGGUCACCUAUGCACGCCAGCGUUCUUUCCUUGAUGAUAUGAUAUCAGAAGACCUUUCAACAGACAGCAUUGCAUCGGGCCCAAAGCAUCGGUCUCAAUCAGUCCAGCGUCAGCUGAAUUACGAGUCUUCUUCCAGUGCCCGUUUAAUCGUGCCAAAUGAGGAUAUCAAUGAGGACGGGUCUGUCAGAAGUAUUCAUGAAUUGAGACAAGCUGGGGGAAACGCUCGUUAUCGAGGCGCUGUUGAAUCUAUCUUUGAGGAUAUCGAAGAUGCGCAAAAUUCGCUAACGGGUCGAUGUAAUGCUUUCCUCCAGCUCUGUGGCAAACUUCUGGAUCCUGGCCUCAAACGGCGAUUUGCCGAAUGCAAUUUUGACAAAAGGCUUGUGGAUUGUCUGUCCAUGGAUCUUCAGCUGGUUCCUAUGGUUCUCUCCCUUUGUGCCUAUGCUCUUGGGUCAUCAGACGGACAUAUGUCUUAUGUUCUUGCAACUUCCGCGUGGCCCAAGCUCCUGGAUGCUUCAUCUAUCUUGUUGGGCGUGCAAGACGACAUUUCAGUUGUCGCAAAAGCUAAGACCAGCGGCCUUGCCAGGCCUUUGCAAAAUUCACUUCAGAAUCUUAUCCCCCAGAUCUUUGAUAUGCUCUUUCCGGAUAUUACUUUGUCGAAGUUUACCCCACGCGUCCUGGUGUUAUAUUGCUUGAAAUCGACAAUGUCUACAAUGCAAAUAAAGGGGAAACCACCGGCAUCUCCACGUCCGUUCUGA